AUGGCUCUUUUCCACCUCGCUCAAUCCCGAACUUGUUUGCCUGCGUAUCAAGCACAGACAACUUACGUGGGUUGUUAUCAUGAUCCAAACUCGCCUCGCGAUCUCGCAGGGCCAUUUUUGACUGUUGGAAAUCUCAAUUCGCCCCAAUAUUGUGCCAACCUCUGUGGUGCGGCUGGUUACCAAUACAGCGGAGUUGAGUUCACCAUUCAAUGCUUCUGUGGUCACCGAAUUGAAAGCACCUCCGUUAAGGCUGAUGAGAGCCAAUGCACUUCGCCAUGCCCUGCGGACUCCAGCAAGAUUUGCGGAGGCGGAAACAUGAUCAAUAUUUACUCCAUCACUAAUCCAUCGCCAAAUCCUCCCCUGACGCCUUCAUUCCCCGACUGCACCCGCGAUCCUCUUUGCAGCAAUGAUGUCUGUGACACCACCAAGAGCAUCGCUGCCAGAGCUGCUGCUAUCGUGAAACCCAUGACUCUUAACGAGAAAGUCGCAAACGUAGGCAGUUCUGCUUCUGGCAGUGGAAGACUUGGCCUGCCAGCAUACCAAUGGCAGAACGAGGCACUCCACGGCGUUGCUGGCAGCACCGGUGUGCAGUUCCAGUCUCCUCUUGGAGCCAACUUCAGCGCGGCGACCAGUUUCCCUAUGCCUAUUCUUCUCUCUGCCGCUUUUGAUGAUGCUCUCGUCCAGAGUGUAGCCACAGCCAUCAGCACUGAGGCUCGUGCAUUUGCCAACUAUGGAUUUGCGGGAUUGGACUUUUGGACGCCAAAUAUCAACCCAUUCCGUGAUCCGCGCUGGGGCCGAGGUAUGGAGACUCCUGGAGAGGAUGCCUUCCGCAUCCAGGGUUAUGUGUUGUCCUUGAUCAAUGGUCUUCAGGGCGGCAUUGAUCCUGACUUUUUCAGGACAAUCUCGACGUGCAAGCACUUCGCUGCUUACGACAUUGAGAAUGGCCGUACUGCGAACAACCUUUCACCUACCCAGCAAGACAUGGCUGACUAUUAUCUUCCAAUGUUCGAGACCUGUGUUCGCGACGCAAAGGUCGGAUCUAUCAUGUGCGCCUACAACUCAGUUAAUGGUGUUCCCGCUUGUGCGGAUAGCUAUCUUCUUCAAUCUGUGCUUCGGGACGGCUACGGGUUUACUGAGGACUUCAAUUAUGUUGUCUCCGACUGCGACGCCGUCGAAAACGUCUAUGACCCUCACCACUACGCCGCUAACUUGACUCAAGCUGCUGCCAUGUCUCUUAAUGCUGGCACCGACCUUGACUGUGGUAGCUCUUACAACGUCUUAAAUGCCUCAGUGCAAGCUGGCAUGACAACAGAGGCUACUCUCGACAAAUCAUUGAUCCGGUUGUACUCUGCACUCAUCAAGGUCGGAUGGUUCGACCAACCCGCCAAGUACAGCUCACUUGGCUGGGGCAAUGUCAACACUACACAAACCCGAGCUCUUGCUCAUGAUGCAGCCACUGGAGGAAUGACUCUUUUGAAGAAUGAUGGCACUCUUCCACUUUCCCCCACCCUCCAGAAUGUUGCCGUCAUUGGCCCGUGGGUUAAUGCCACUACCCAGCUGCAGGGCAACUAUGCUGGUACAGCACCAGUAUUGGUAAAUCCUUUGACUGUCUUCCAGCAAAAGUGGCGCAAUGUCAAGUACGCUCAGGGAACCGCCAUCAACUCUCAGGACACUAGCGGCUUCAACGCUGCCAUCUCUGCGGCGAGCUCCUCGGAUGUCAUUGUUUAUCUUGGAGGAAUUGACAUCUCCGUGGAGAAUGAAGGCUUUGACCGGACCGCAAUCACUUGGCCCGGAAAUCAGCUGAGCUUGAUCUCUCAGCUCGCCAAUCUUGGCAAGCCCCUAGUCAUUGUGCAGUUUGGAGGUGGUCAAAUUGAUGACAGCUCCCUGUUGAGCAACUCUAAGGUUAAUUCCAUCUUGUGGGCUGGAUACCCCGGUCAAGAGGGUGGCAAUGCCCUCUUUGACGUCCUCACUGGUGCCAACCCGCCAGCCGGUAGACUUCCUAUCACACAAUACCCUGCGAACUACGUCAACAACAACAACAUCCAAGACAUGAACCUGAGACCAUCUGGGAGCAUACCUGGACGCACAUACGCAUGGUAUACCGGCACUCCUGUCCUUCCAUUUGGUUACGGACUGCAUUAUACCAACUUCUCUGUGUCAUUUCAAUCCACAAAGACUUCCGGCACAGAUGUCGCCACUAUCGUCAACAACGCCGGAUCAAACAAGGAUCGUGCCACAUUCGCAACCCUCGUGGUGAACGUUAAGAACACUGGUGGUAAAGCAAAUCUGGCAUCCGACUACGUCGGCCUGCUGUUCCUUAAAUCUACAAAUGCCGGCCCCGCGCCUCAUCCGAAUAAGCAGCUGGCCGCGUACGGUCGUGUCAAGAAGGUUGGCGUUGGAGCGACCCAACAGCUAACUUUGACAGUGAACCUUGGAUCACUUGCUCGUGCGGAUACCAACGGUGAUAGAUGGGUUUACCCUGGUGCCUAUACUUUAACCCUAGACGUCAAUGGCCCACUGACGUUCAAUUUCACCUUAACUGGCCAAGCAACGAAGAUCAGCACUUUGCCAAGAAGGUCUUAA